AUGUUAUCUUCCUUUGGCAUAGUUCAUCAAAGUAGUUGUGUUUAUACACCUCAACAAAAUAAAAUAGUUGAAAGAAAAUAUAGACAUAUCUUGGAGGUGGCAAGGGCUUUUAAACUACAUAGUUCAGUUCCAGUUAAGUUCUGGGGAGAAUGUGUGAAGACUGCAGUAUAUUUGAUCAACAAAUUACCUACUGCUGUACUAGAUGGAAAAACACCCUAUGAGUUGCUAUAUGGUAAGGAACCUAGGCUAGAUCACCUAAGGGUAUUUGGUUGUCUGUGCUAUGCAAGCAGCUUGCCCAGGGGUGACAAACUGGCCCCAAGGGCAAGAAGGACAGUAUUGAUGGGGUAUUCUGAAGUUCAAAAGGGAUAUAGGCUGUUUGAUCUGGAUUUCAAAACUUUCUUUGUUAGCAGGGAUGUAAGUUUCAGAGAAAGGAUUCUUCCUUUCAGAGCCAUGCCAGUUGAACAUGAGGAGGAAGUGUUGUUCAUGCCAGUCAAUGAUGCAACACCACCACCAGAUCACCAUCAUGUGAUGCAGCAUGACAAUAAUAGUGCCACAACAACAGAAGAGCAAAUAGAACCUGAACCUCCAACCAUUGAUAAUCAUGAGACAACUACAACAUACAAUACAUCAGCUUCUCAACAUACUGAGGACCCUGCAGAUACUGAUAAUCCAGUGGAAGGAUCUGCACCAGUAGUGGAAGCACCUGAUACUUCAUUACAAGAGGCUGAAUCAAUAGCAGACGAGCCUAAUACUACUGAAGCAGUUGCAGAAAAUGGUAGAGGCAAGAGACUUACCAAGCCAUCAAUAUGGCUUAAAGACUAUGUGACUUCUAAAACAAAGCUCUUAAUUGCUUAUACUCCAUCACUAACUAUGUGGAGUAUGAUCACUUGUCCACUGGUUAUCAAGAGUAUCUAA